GAAAGAGAGAGAGAACCAACAUGAAAGAAGCUCAACCAGUACUGGUGACACCCUUUGCCAAGUGUAUAAAUAGAGACCUGGGGGAGAGGAGUCCAGCAGUUUCACUUUAUACCCAGCUGUAGCUUUUGCUUCUUCCUUGGAAUUCCGCCAUCGCUGCCACAAUGAGCACUGGGACAAGGCAUACAGUUGUCACAACUGCAAGGAGCAGCAGCGGAAGCAGCAAUCUUGGUGGAGGAAGAAUUGGGGUUUCCACAGCCUCCCCUGGACGGCACAGUUCCGCUGGGAUCAGUGGUGGAAGAGCUGACUUUGCUGUCCGGAGCCACGUUGGGGCAGGUUCCACUUGUGCCCAUGGAGCAGGAAGAAGCCAGUUUUCAAGCGGCAGCUGCAGUGGUGGAUUUGGUGGUGGGGUGCAUGUUGCGGGAAGCGGUGCGUUCGGUGCUGCCUCUGUUGGAAGUUCUGCUGCUAGGGGCAGUGUAGUAGGUGGUGGUCAUGCAAACGUGGUUGGUGGUGCAGGUGUGGUGGGUGGCGUGAUGGGGGGUGCCCAUGCUGGUAUGGUGGGCGGCCACUGCGGCAUGGUGGGGGCUAUACCUGCUGGCAUGGUUGGUGGCAUGGGCUCUGUGAUGGGUGGUGGCCAUGGGGGCAUGAUGGGCGCUCCUUGUGGAUUUGCCGGAGGUGUGGUUGCUGGCCCCGGUAUGGUUGCUGGCCCUACUGUCGUUGGUGGCAUGGGUGGUGACCCAAUGUCUUGUGGUGGCAUGUUCACUACCCUUGAUGGAAAGAUGACCAUGCAGAACCUCAAUGACCGUCUGGCCAGUUACCUGGAUAAGGUCCGAUGCCUGGAGGAGGAAAAUGCCAUGUUUGAGACCCGGAUUAGGGAAUUUUAUGCCAAGCAAGGACCCCUUUCUGAACCAAAGGACUACAGCCAUUAUCACCAACAAAUUGAAGAUAUUAAGAACCAGCUCAUUUGCACAAGUGUGGAAAACAACAAACUCCUUCUGUGCAUUGAUAACAGCAAGCUGACUGCUGAUGACUUCCGAACCAAGUUUGAAACAGAAUGUUGCCUCCGUCAGAACGUGGAGGCUGAUAUUAAUGGUUUACAUCAAAUCCUGGAUCAACUGACAGCCUGCAGAUCUGACCUGGAGAUACAGUGUGAGAACCUGCAGGAUGAACUGUGUAGUCUGAAGAAGAACCAUGAGGAGGAAGUAACCUGUCUGAAGAGUCAGUCGACUGGUGAUGUUAAUGUGGAAGUCAAUGCCUGCCCCGGUCCAGAUCUGAGGAAGGUACUGGAAGAGAUGAGGUGCAAGUACGAAUCAAUGAUUGAAUGCAACCGUAAAGAAGUUGAAGCCUGGUAUGGAUCCAAGAUUGAGGAGGUGAACCGUGAUGUCUGCACCAGCAGUCAGGAGAUUGAAGAGAGCAACAACAAGGUCACCGAACUGAGACGCCAACUGCAAGCCCUGGAGAUUGACUAUGAGGCCCAAUGCAGCCUGAGGGAUACCAUGGAAGCCUCGCUGGGUGAAACGGAGCAUCGCUACAAUAGCCACCUGGCUGAGCUUCAGGAACGCAUCUCCGUCCUGGAGCAGCAGCUUGCAGAGCUCAGGGCUGAAAUGGAGUGCCAGAACCAGGAAUACACGGAGCUCCUUGACGUCAAAAGCCGGCUGGAGCAGGAGAUUGCCACCUAUCGCUGCCUGUUGGAAGGCGGGCAGCACGACAUUGUAGGAGGCGGAGGUGGAGCAGGAACUACUAGAGCCAGCACUGGGUCGAGCGGAAGAUCUGGAGAAGUUCGGACAUCUCACACUUAUGUGACACAUUCUGCCGGGAAUUCAUACCAUUCACACCACUAGGCCUCAAGAAGGGA